CUUAGUGUCUGUCCUGGGAUGAAAUGUGGCCUAAGGCGGCCGUCGGGGCUGCGUCGCUGACACAGACUCGCCUUCCCCAGGUCAACUUUGUCGUGUGCCAGCUCUUCGCCCUGCUGGCGGCCGUGUGGUUCCGGACUUACCUCUGCUGCAGCAGAACCAGCUCCUUCGUGAGGCAUGCCGUCGCCACGCUCCUGGGCCUGCACCUCGCGCUCUUCUGCUUCGGCUGGUACGCCUUGCAUUUCCUGGUGCAGAGCGGCGUCUCCUACUGCAUCAUGGUGCUCAUGGGCGUGGAGAGCAUGCACAG